UCUAUAAGGUCAAAGUCUGCACGAAACCAGCGACAGACUGGAGAUAUAGUCGAGUUGACGCGAUUUCACUUCAACGGGAGCGUUUUUAACAUUUAAGUUAAUAUUUUUGUUUCAGGGCCGAUGGCGUCACCAUUGAAAUGCGGCUUUUUUAUUCUACUGGCGUCCUUCCUAACGCUUGUUCCUGUGAGGGCAGAAGGAAAAGAGUUACACAGACAGAAGAGAGAAUGGAUCGUAGCUCCCAGGCAACUCCAUGAGAACAACGAUUACACCGGCUUGGAGUUUAUUGCUAGAAUUCGCUCUGAUAAGGAGAACUUCACAAAGAUAUAUUACCAUCUAACGGGGGCUGGUGUUGACCAACCACCGAUAGGCGUAUUUCGUGUGGACCGUGACACUGGUUAUGUGAAAAUCUACUCCAUUCUGGACCGAGAGAAAAUCGCUUUCUAUCAUUUAAAAGGUAUGGCAAAAUACGCCGAUGGGACAGAAGCUGAAAAGGAUUUGGACCUUAAAAUUACUGUUUUAGAUGAGAAUGACUGCCCACCGGUCAUUAAAGCACAGCAAGUUGGAUUUGUCAAUGAAUCAAGUGCAGCAGGUACUGUUGUCAUGAAAGUGAUAGCUACUGAUGCUGAUGCAGAGAACUCGAUCAACUCCCAGAUCUCUUACAGCAUUGUGGAGCAGAGCAACUCAGCCGGGAUGUUCUUCAUCAACUCUCACACUGGAGAGGUCAUGGUUAGACGGAACACUCUAGACAGAGAGAGACAAGAUACAUAUAAGUUGAUUAUAAAAGGCGUAGACUUGAAUGGAGACGUGAGAGGAAACACAGGAACCGGAGAAAUUGUAAUUAAAAUUCUGGACAUAAAUGACAAUAUUCCAACCCUGGAAAAAGAGUCGUAUGAAGGGAGUGUGGAGGAAAACACCAUCAAUGUGGAAGUGCUGAGGAUCAAAGCCAUUGACAUGGACCUGAUUAACACUGAAAACUGGCUGGCUGUCUUUGAAAUCAUUUCAGGGAAUGAGGCAGGCUAUUUCACUGUCACUACUGAUUCUAAGACCAAUGAGGGAAUUAUCAUGAUUCAGAAGGCCUUGGACUAUGAAGAAUUAAAGGUACUCAACUUAGAAGUGGUUGUUCGCAACAAAGCACAGUACAAUUUUGGCAGUGGGUCCAUGACAGGGGACAUAAUCACCAAAACCUACCCCGUUAAAAUUAAUGUGGUCAAUCAGAAGGAAGGCCCCCGUUUCCAACCAAGCGUUAAAGUGGUGUCUAUCUCUGAGGACCACACUUCCAUCUCUAUCAACAAAAUCAUCACCACUUACGCUGCUAUUGACAGUGACACGCUACAGACAGCCACCAACGUAAGGUAUGCCAAGAUCUACGAUGUUGACAACUGGUUGAUUGUUGAUGCAAAGACAGCAGAUAUCAGGCUGAAUAAAAUACCUGACAGAGAGUCCAAGUUCUUGGUCAAUGGAACAUAUUAUGCCAAAAUCAUAUGCAUCACCAGUGACAUUCCCUCAAAAACUGCCACAGGGACCAUAGCCAUUCAGGUCAAGGAUCAUAAUGAUCACUGUCCUACUCUGACUACUACAACUCAGACCAAGUGCAUUGAGGAUAAUGUCAUCUACGUCACAGCCAAAGACGAAGAUGAGUUCCCCAAUUCAAACCCAUUUGAGUUCACUGUGAUUCCAGGGAGCAGCCAGGGGAAAUGGACAGUGGAGCCACUUAAUGGAACCACAACCAUUCUACGGGACAACGACAACUUGUGGCCGGGCAUUUACAAAGUGACAAUGGAAGUCAAAGACCAGCAGGGACAUGCAUGUGCUGAUUUUCAGACGAUGCAAGUAAUUGUGUGUACUUGCCAUAAAGACACCAAAACCUGUGUGUCGCGCAGUAAAAAGACUUCUGGUUUUGGAACUUCAGGUAUCCUGCUUCUGCUCCUGGGACUGCUGCUUCUUCUGUUGGUGCCCCUUUUGCUGCUGUUCUGCCUGUGCGGAGGUGCAGCAGCUAUUGGAGAUUUCAAGCACAUUCCAAACGAUACGAAACAACAGCUGAUCUCAUAUCACACUGAGGGACAGGGAGAAGAUAAGGAAGUUCCUCUUCUGCAUGUCCCAGUGGAAGUUGAUGGUGGCACAAUUAAUGCCAAGAAUGUCACCACCUUUGGGGGAAAGGGGUAUCUCGGAGGACUGGCUUAUGUGGGAGGAGCAGCAGGUGGCGGAGCAGCAGGUGGCGGAGCAGCCUUAGUAGGUGCCAUGAACACUUCAACCUUGACAGCUGAGAAAAUGCACCUAUACAACCAGUAUAACGAAGUGGAGAUGGACUACGCCGGUGCUGGGAUGAUGACAGGACAAGAAAAUGUUUUCUCCCAAUACAUGGCUGGGGCCUUUGAUGGGAUGGCUCUUUCGGACCAGUACCUAGGGCACUAUUAUUCAAGUAAAUCCAACCAUGCUGCACAGCAAUCCCAGCAGAAGGAUGCUUUGCUGGUCUAUGACUAUGAGGGUCAGGAGUCCCUGGCAGGUUCUGUUGGUUGCUGCAGCCUUCUUGAGAAUGAUGAUGACCUUGCAUUUCUCAAUGACCUUGGGCCUAAAUUCAAAACCCUGGCUGAGAUUUGUCAUGGGUCGACUUUGGUGACCGAGUCUGUUGAUGCAGGGGUUUCUGUCUGUGCACCCAGACCAGUGUCACCUUUCAGGCCCUCCACCUCCACCCACACACACAUCCAUACUAACAGAGAAACAAUCAGGGAUAGAGACCACAUCGACAUCAACACCCUCAACACUUCCAAUGUAGCAUCUGGAUCUUCCACCUUUAUCCAGGAGGAGCGCAUUACUGAGAGAGCUCACGAUUCAGCCACUGUUUCCAAGGCACACGUCCAGGACAAGAUAGUGAUUCCCAGCCAGACACUGCUCAUACAGCAGCCCACUAUGUAUUAUGCUACCACGCCCAUGUAUGUAGUAGAUCCCAAGCCACAAGUUGUGUUUGUGGCAGGGGGCGCCCAGCAGGCAGUGGGUCAAGUAGGCCAAGUUGGGCUCAGUCAGGGGCUGGUGCAGGUUGGUGGCCUCCAAGGUUCGCAGGGUUUGGUCGUUGUAGAUAGGCAAGUAGGAAUGGGUGGGGUGACAGGACAGGUAGCACAAGGCCUUUCACAAGGAACCAUCUCCAGGUCCAGACAGGUGUUGUUGGUAGAAAAUGGGUCUUCGGGGGGAGAGCAAGGUGCACACAUAGCACAAGGCUUUGUUCAGACUGGACACGGGUCAACAGAGCAGGGUUUGGAGGUCAGAGGCCAAGGUACUCAGGUGACAACUCAGAGUUUUUCACUGGGUCCGCGCAGUUCUCUAGGGUCAAAUGAGGCCCUAACAGCCACACCCAAGUUGCAAGGAAGCCAGAGAGUGGUUAUGCAACAUAAGAAGGUCUCAGUGACUGAGAGGAAUACUGAGUCUACUACAAGAGCGUAAAGUAAGCAUUUUGUUUUGCAUAUACACUAUUGUCACACUUGUUAAGAUAUAUACCGAAAUAUAUUUCAGUAUACUAAAAUAUACUGCAAUAAAAAAAACAAAAAACUACUGGUAAAACUGGUAAAAGGAUAGUUUAGCCUGCUUGAUCAAAAGUGCAAUAUUGCACUGUAGUGAUAACAUUACUGCUUAUAGUAGUUAAAACACGGUAUUGACCACAUAAACAUCAAGCCAGAAAAAGCAUUGGAUUCCCAUACGGACACUGUUUUGGAAAAUAGGCUAAGCUACCUGCUAAAAUGAGGCUCUGUCAACAUUAGUUGAAAGCGUAUAGCUCACAGUAUUAGUGUAAAGCAAACUUAUUCUUAAAAAUGUUGGCAAGGAAAUGUACAAAUAGCUUCCAUUGCUCCAAAACAUUUAAAUACAUUGCUGAUUUGCUUUUAUUAAUUUAAAAAAGUAUAUUGAGACUAUGUUUUUCUAUUGAAAGGAUUCAUUUAACAUGAAUGUUCGUCAAGAAUGGAGUUGCCCUUCUGACAAUUUUCUCCCUUUAGGAACCCCCCCUUUAAAAAAGGUUAGAGACCCCUGGGUUACGCUGUGUCAUAAUACGUGGGCUGAGGGAAAGCCUUGGCAAAAAAAAUUAAGUGUGAUAAGAAUGCCCAGUUAGGCACCAACUGACAGCCCUAAAAGCACUGUAUUUAUUUCAAGCACACAAGUAGGCUUGGGUUCAGGGCGGGAGCAGCCAAAGUAAACAUUACAGAACUAAACCAGUCAGACCUUCAGUGUGUACGUACCUAUCAAGCUAAAAUUACAAACUUCUGACCUUAUCUCCAGAAACUGUAAAAAGCAGAGGUUACCCGCCCUAUAGGUACCAGUUAGCCUCAAGUCAGUGCCUGCUAGAGUAUUUGCAAUAUGAUGAAGAAGGUCUAUAUCAGAUCAGCGAGUUCUCUUUCUAUUCCAGUUCCCAGCCUACCAGGCUAGAGAAGGAAGGGAACCCCACAACUGUUUUCAGCUCGGCUUACGUUAGUGGAGGGUGCAACUGGGAACCAAUCCCAAGCAUGGACUCGCCUACACAAUCAAAUCUUUCCAUCCUACUGCAGCUCAGAUAAAUCCAGACCCAAAUAAGAACAGGAGGAGAGAGAAACACAGAACAUGUAAUUCACCAGUGCAAGGCGAAAAAAAAGAUUAUAGGUUGUAACACAGCAACACUUAGUGGGACAUUUAGCCAAAUGGAAAAAGUCUCACACGGUUAUCACACUGGAUAUAAAAAAUGGAAAAUUAAUUUUAAAAACCAAAUAUGUCAGCAUUUAGCAAAUAGUUAUUUCAUGGGUACGGCUCAAUACUCUUAUUAAACUCCUACAGUUAUGAUCAAUGUGGGCUUAAAAUCUGACUUGCUUUUCUACAUUUGAACAACACAAAGCAGUUAAAUGUAAUGUUAUGUUUAUAGAAUUUCCAAAUCUUCUAUCACUUGCAAAUAAUCCUGUAAAAUGACUCUAAACCAUUAGUUUUAAGAAGCACAAAACUAUUCAGAGUGACAGAAUGUUUCUAUAGCUACUAUAAUGUUGCAUUUAUCCAUACAGACUUUGAACUCUACAUUCAGUGCUCUGAGUACUGUAUUUUUAGUAUGGUGUUUCUUUAGAUGCUUUGGUUGCAUUUAGUUUAGCCUUGCCAUGAGCUGUUUUGUUGACCUUUAGAUUUCUUUACUUAGUUGUACUGUGACUAAUCGGGGAUUGUUAUAUGGGCGGCCACUGCUUCUUUGGAAACUGCGUGGGACAUUGAUAAGUAAAUGCUGUUUGUACUGUAAAAACAAGGAAAGCACCCUCUGCAGAACAACCAAAGCCAAAGGGUUUGAAUGAUUUAGUCUGCCAAGAAAGAAUUACUUUUUAUCAGUAGACCACAUAGUCAUUACAUACCAUAAACCGAAGAAGAGAAUACAAGACAAAUUCUUUACUUUAUUGUUGCACUCUUUUUUUAUUAUUUCUACAGAAUA